AUGAAAUCUUUCAACAAGUUCUGUGGUGAUGUCGUGUCUAGCCGCUUGCCCGUGUGGGACUUUGUCUCGAUGGCUCAUGACCAUGCCUCACACAGCACCGGCUUUUACUCAAUAUCAAAGGCCAGCCUGACGAAAAGCAAGCUGCGGCUAUUCGUUCAAGAGCUGGCAUUGAUUCAUCGGCCCAUGCAAGGCGCCGAGGCCUUUCUAGUGGCCCAGGCCGAGACGCCAAAGUCCGUCCACGCCGAGAUGACGCUGGUGGCAUACCUCCCCGGCUCCACCGAUGGGCUGGGUCGCAACCUGCAGGUCUUUCAGUACCUGGGUCAUCUGAGACGUAUGCUCAAAGAAGAAGUGGCCGUGGGAGGUCAGCCAGCUAGGAACAUGAAGAAGAAGCCCACAGUUGCAGCCCCGGCUCAGCCUAUACCGGGCCCUUAUCGAACGUUGUUCAACAGUCAUGACCGGUUGUGUUUGUUCGAGAUUUACUGCACGCUGAUCGUCGACUGGGGAGUGGAGGAGGAGGAGCUCCGAGAGGCAAUCCGGCUGGACAAGCUGGAAGAGAUGUUGCUCCGUCGAUGUGGCCAAAUCAAUGACCCAGAGAUUUUCCCCGAUGCGGCGAUGCCUCGAAAUGGCUGGAAAGCGAUAAAAAAGGUCCCGCUGAUCGACCUCCAGCCGGUCCAAAAAUACAAAGCAGUCGUCUUCUACGCCCAAAUCCGCAAUGGGUUCCAUCCGGCCGCCGACGGGGACAACUGGAUCGACCUAGGGUUCUGCACAGCCCCGGAUGCCCGCGCCGAGCUUGCGCUUGUGCAGCUGUGCACGUUUGACGAGUUCUGGCGCGCGCCAUGGCCGGCCGUGGCAUGGUGGCGCUGUUCCAAAAACACGGGCUAUAUGGGCGCAUCUCCGACAUGGGGACCUUCGAGGCCCUCAUGGCCAUCCCGUACGCGCACAGCGUGUGGUUCUUAA